AUGCAGUUUCAGGAUAUGUAUUCUCAAACCCUUUUGGUCGCCUUUGUUGUUGUCGUUGUCACGACAACAGCAGUGAAUGCGGAGAUAUUUACCUCCUCGCUAAAAGUGGAAAGGAUGGUGAUGGAAGAGGAACACCUUCUGACGGAGUUUAAACGUUACAUCGACAUCCAGUACGAAAAGUUGAAAGCGUUUUCCAAUUUUUACUCGGACCGCCUGCGUGACGUCAGACUGCGCAAAAAGGCAGACUUGAACCUAAAACAUCCAAACUCUGUCUACAAGAUUAUCAAGCGGUUUGCCACCGACUAUGCUGGUGUGCUCGGUGAUCAGUUUGCUAUCAACUUGCAGAACGUGUACAACCUGAACGCGCUAGACAUGGCCAGGGGAGAUUACCUCGGCUACCAGGGCCCGCAACUGGAGGUUGACGACGCUUACGAAAUCGCACAAACGGCAUUUACAG